CACGUUUAUCUCCCUUAUAUACCCACCCCAGUCGCUCAUUUCCACCCACACUCAUUUCGCCAUGCUCACCUCCAUCGCCUCCAUCGCUCCCCUCCUCCCCCUCCUGCCCCUCCUCCCCAGUGCUCUCGCCCAAUACACAGCCACCUACUCCCCCGGCUCCCUCCCCGAUACUUCCGAAGAAGGCCAGUACGGCACAAACGCCUGCGGGGACGGCUCGGCGCAAGACAGUAAAUGCCAGAAUGUGUAUGUGAAUGGGGUGGACGAUUUCUGUCUUUGGGGGCCGCCCGAGGCGGGGAGUACGAUUGGGGAUGUGGAGGAGAUCGUUGUCUCGUACUGCCUCAAAUCAGGCUACGGUACCAGGCUCAUACCCGAAGGAACUCUGACCGGGGCGCACUUUGUCAAAGUGCAGAGCGACAAAGUCUCGUAUGUCCAGGUUACCGGUAAAGGCGACUUGACGAAGCUGUUGAUCGCAGACGGCGAUGAGGGCGGUGAACUUGACCCUCACUCCUGGACCGGCCUCGGCAACCCCCAAGGCGGGCUCGUGUUUACAAACGCCUUCUCUGGUUCUUACGAACAGACGCAUGAGUGGACUAGCUUCAUGUCUUCUGAUGAAUUCUGUAUUCGAGCUUGUCAGGAUGGCGAUAAUGCUGCUUCAUACUGCCAACACAUCUACGACCUCCUCGGCUGCGACUUUACAAUCCCCGGCUCCACCGCCGACGGCUUCGACGCCUGCCUCGCCCCGCCCACCGACGAAGCCCCGGGCGUGUACGACGGGUCGACCUUCUACCAAGGGGACGCUACGACGCCUGCGGCGCAUCCGGCGGCGGAGACGUCCGAGUGUCAGUAUUAUUCGUCGGUGGGUGGGAAUGGGGUUUGGAAUAAGCGCUCAGAGGGGGAGGAGAAGGUGGUUAGUGUGACGUCGACGGUGACGGGCAAAGCGACGACUACGACAGUCUUCUCUACUGCGCCUGCUACCGCUUCUGCCACUGCCACUGCGUCGACUACCCCAACAGCCCUCAAAGCCAACGCUUCCUCCUCCUCCUCCUCGUCGUCGUCGGGUGCGGGCCCCCGCGCACUCGUGGUCGGGCCGAUGAUGAUGGGCUGUUUGGGGUUGCUGGCGGUGAUGAGUCUCUUGCUCUAAUCUCCCACCCCUCACCCCUUCUCUUUCCCCCACUCACACCCGAGCCUUGAGAUCUCGGGGGAGAUAAGCAUUUCGAGGGUAGUGUACAAUCCUAAUUCCCCUUUGAUCGCUCCUCCCCUUUCCGCUUUAUCUUUCUAAUCAUGCCCUUUUUCCCUUACUAUGCUGCUGCCAUACUAUGCCAUACGAUACUCUUACUAUACUACGAACGGACAAUGAACCCCAUGCAAAUGAAAGAUAC